UAUUAUGUCUUUGUUCGGUGAGAAAAGUCCAACAAACACCGUCUCAUUGUUCUUCGUUUCACUUCUGAAUUUUGAUUUCGAUUACACUGUUUGCCCCAAAAGCUGCUUCUGAAAUCAUCAUGGCUACUGUGGCUCACAACAAUCUUAACGCGAAGCUCGUGUUGCUAGGGGACAUGGGCGCCGGGAAAUCGAGCCUGGUGAUACGAUUUGUCAAGGGUCAAUUCCUCGAAUUCCAAGAAUCAACGAUCGGUGCUGCCUUCUUCUCGCAAACGGUGUCUGUGAAUAAUUCCACCGUCAAAUUCGAGAUCUGGGAUACUGCUGGACAGGAGAGGUAUCAUAGCUUGGCUCCCAUGUACUACAGAGGCGCAGCUGCUGCAAUCAUCGUUUACGACAUCACCAGCGCGGAUUCCUUUUCAAGGGCUAAGAAGUGGGUGCAGGAACUCCAGAAGCAAGGUAAUCCUAACAUGAUUAUGGCUCUUGCUGGAAACAAAUGUGAUCUUGAAGAGAAACGAAAUGUGACUACAGAAGAGGCACGUGCUUAUGCUGAAGAAAAUGGGCUUUUCUUCUUGGAAACCUCUGCCAAAACUGCUUCUAAUGUGAAUGAUAUAUUCUACGAAAUAGCGAAAAGAUUACCUAGAGCUCAACCGGCACCAAACCCAUCUGGGAUGAUUCUUGCUGAUAGACCUGCUGAAGGAUCCCGGACUGCUUGCUGUUCUUAACCACUACCCGCCAUAAAGUCAGGUGCUUUCCAUGUUUGUCCUGAUUGAUAUAAGCAGUAGAUUCUGCCGAUAACUAUGCAAGUGAAGGUACGAAACUUCUUAUGGUGAUUAGGUGAUUGGUGCGCCGGCUUGUCGAUUGUAGCUGUAAAUAAUAAGUUCUUUUUUUCCGUGCGAAUUAAUUUGGCUUUGGCUACUAUAACUAUCUAGACUCUUAUUGUUCGGUAUCUGCUGUGCUGUAACUAUGGAACUUUGCCUUAAACUUGUUGGAGAAUCUUGACAAUUUAUUCAUUAACACCGGAUAACAUUGUGUCGUA